AUGAGCACAGAGGGUGAGGCACCGAGAGCCGACACACCUCAGCUCCAGUCCCUGAUGAUGUUAGAUGUAUCUAAGAAAGUUCCCGAAAAGUUCAAGGAGAUGAAGCUCUUACUGCUGUUGGCUUUGGCUACUGUGGCUGCUGGGGAUCACUCCUUCGGCGGACACGGGCAUUUCCAUGGCCAUUUCCCUCAUGUUGGGCAUGGACACUUCCCUCAUGUUGGGCAUGGCUUCAGACAUGCCGCCGUUCACCGCCCCGUGCGACCCGUGGCACCUGUGCGACCUGUGGUGCACCAGCCGGCUCCCGCGGCCCUGGUGCAUCGAGGCCGAACUGGACCUGCGGUUCCACCGGCAGCAGCCUCGGGCGUCCCGGUGGACGACAGGCAGGGCGACAGCGAAUACCACUUCUCGUGGCGCCAUGACGGCCGCAAGACCUACACGUGGGAUGGCGCCAACCAGUACUGCGGCAACCUUGGCUCCGGCUGGCAGGGUAUCAGCAUCGGGACUCAGCAGGAGGACAGUCUCGUCAGGAAAGCGAUUAUAGAAGAUCGCCUACCAUGGAUUUGGACCUCAGGUCAUAUCAGGAACCACGGCUUCGCCUGGGCUUCAGGUGAAGAAUUCGUGGGUCUGAACUGGUCUCACACCGGCGGGAAUCAUCGACCACAACCAGACAACCGAGAGGGGAACGAGCACUGCCUGGGGGUUCUCAACGACUUCUACGACGACGGCGUUAAGUGGCACGACAUCGCCUGCCAUCACGACAAGGCCAUCAUCUGCGAGCGCAAAUUCCGAGUCCACGGAUGAACAUAAAUACACAGAUACAGACAUACAUACGUAUAAGUAUAUAUAUUCAUAUGCAGACAUAUGAUAAGCCCAAUGCUAACUUAUUUAUAAACACUGUAUGAAUCUAAGUAUUAUGUUUUAUUGCCAUUUUCGAAUUACCAGAAUUGGAAUAAAGCGAACCAAAAGUAAGUCUUCUAAAUUGAUCAUAUUUAUAUUGUUUGAA